AUGGCCGACACCCAGAAACCCACCGAGGUCCCGCAGGAGACUCCUGCGGUCGCCGAGCCCGUUGUUGUUGAGGCCGCGCCCACUGCUGAAGCCGCUGUCGCGGAGACGACCGAGACUGCGCCUGCUGCCGAGACCACCGCGACGGAGGCCACUGAGGCUCCCGCUGCCGCCACCGAGGCCGAGACCGCUGCCGCUCCGGCUGAGGAGGCCAAGACGGAGGAGGCCAAGCCCGUCGAGGAGGGUCACCUCGAGCACAAGGGCCAAGGUGCUAACUUCCCCAAGAACUUCCUGUACACUAAGCAGCUGUUCUGGUUCGGCUCGGAGCCCGUCGACCUCAAGGCCAUCUCCUCCUUCAAGGCCGACAAGGUCGCUGAUGUGGCCCACCACGUGACUUCGUGGGCGUCUGAGACUGGCAAGGGCCUGCUGUUCUACAGCGAGAAGGGUGACAAGGCUGCCCCCAACGGCGCGAUCCAGCUGGCCGAAGCCUCGGAGCCUGCCACCGAUGGUUCCAACAAGUUCCACUUCACCGCCAAGGGCCACAAGCACACCUUCAAGGCCGCCAAUGCCGCUGAGCGCGACAACUGGGUCGCUCAGGUUAAGGCUAAGAUUGCCGAGGCCAAGGAGCUCGCCACCACUGUGACGGAGUCUGAGACCUACAAGAAGACGCUUGAGGGCCUUAAGCCCGUCGUCUCCAAGAAGGAGGAGAAGGCCGUGGCCGCUGAGCCUGCUGCCGCCGCUGAGGAGCCUGCUGCUGCCACUGAGGAGGCUGCUCCUGCCGAGGAGACCGCCGCGGCCGCCGAGGCUCCUAAGGAAGAGACCAAGGAGGAGGAGAAGGCGGAGAAGGAGGAGCCUAAGCGCCGCUCUGCCAGCCGCAAGCGUGCUUCGAUCUUCAGCAGCUUCCUUGGCAAGAAGGAGGAGAAGAAGGUUGCCGAGCCCACCGAGACCAAGGCCGCUGAGGCGGAGACUCCGGCUGCCGAGACCAGCGCUGCUGCUGAGACUGCCGAAGCACCUGCCACCGAGGCUGUCCCCGAGGUUGCCGCUGAGACCGCUGCCACCGAGCCCGCUGUUGAGGCCGAGGCUGCCGGUGAGGCCAAGCCCGAGGAGGCCAAGGAGGAGGCCAAGGAGGAGGCGAAGAAGGAGGAGACCCCUGAGGCCCGCCCCGCCAACAGCAAGCGCGCCAGCAUCUUCGGAAACCUUUCAUUCGGCAAGAAGAAGGUCGUCGCUGCCGCUGAGGCAUCCCCCGCCAAGGAGACUCCCGCGACCGAAGCUGUCGCUGAGACUGCUCCUGUCAUUCCGGCUGUUGAGACUACCGAGCCCCUCUCCGCUGAGGUCGCCUCGCCUGCCACUGUCCCCACCGAGACUGUGGAUGCUACUCCCGCUAGCGCCACUGAGACCAAGGAGGCCAAGGCGGAGAAGCGCAAGAGCUCGCUUCCCUUCGCUUUCGGCAAGAAGAAGGAGGGCGUCUCUUCUGACGAUGAGGCUGAAAAGCCCAAGUCUCCCUCGGCUUUCUCCAAGCUCCGCGCCACCAUCAAGGGCAAGAGCAGGGCCGACAAGACCAAGGCUGAGGAGAAGACUGAGGAGCCCGCUGCUAUCUCCACCGUUGCCGAGGCCGAGGCUGAGGGCGAGACCAAGGCUGAGGAGCCCGCUGCUGAGGAGGCCGCGAAGCCCGCCGAGGUCGAGGCCACUACCGCCGCCCCGGCUGCCACCGAGGAGGAGGCUGCCAAGCCUCUCGAGGCCACUCCUGUCGUCACUGCCUCUGCCUAG